CUUAAACCAUACCACCACCCAUCCUAUUCCACAUGCACUUGAACCAACGAGUGUGAAACAGGCAUUAACUGAUCCGAGGUGGGCUGCUGCCAUGCAGAACGAAAUGCAAGCUCUCAGCCGGAAUAAUACAUGGACUCUGGUUCCUCCGACCAACCAAACUCCUGUAACAUGUAAGUGGCUCUUCCGGAUUAAGAGAAAUGCCGACGGUAGCAUCUCUCGGUUUAAAGCAAGGCUUGUGGCUCGCGGUUUUUUUACAACAACCUGGUCGUGACUAUUCAGAAACGUUCAGUCCUGUAACAAAACCGACUACAAUACGCAUCGUCCUAUCUAUUGCACUGGCCCGAAAUUGGUCUCUCUGGCAACUGGACGUCAAUAAUGCCUUUUUGCAUGGGACACUCACGGAGGAGGUGUAUAUGGUUCAGCCACCUGGUUUUCGAGAUCCGCAGUUUCCCACACAUGUUUGCAAACUACGUAAGGCACUCUAUGGGCUCAAACAGGCCCCACGUGCUUGGUAUAUGGAGUUGUGCCGGUUUCUUAUCUCUGUGGGCUUUCAAAAAUCUCGUGCAGAUGCCUCAUUAUUUAUUUACUCCUCCCAUGGCACACUCAUCUAUUUUCUUGUAUAGGUUGAUGACAUUGUUCUUACAGGGAAUAAUGCUAAAGCAGUUGAGGAAUUUGUUCGUCAACUUACCCACAAGUUCUCGGUCAAAGAUUUGGGCAUGUUACAUCACUUUCUUGGGAUUGAAGUGGUUCCCACUCCCACUGGCAUUUUCUUGACCCAACGUCAAUACAUACUUCACAUUCUGGAAUCAUGUAAAAUGCAUGGCGCCAAGGAGGCAACCACCCCGAUGUGCACCAAGUCUUUACUUUCCCUCACAGAUGGUACAUCACCUGCUGAUGCUACACAAUACCGCCGCACGCUUGGUCUUCUCCAAUAUUUAUCCUUUACACAGCCGGACAUUUCAUUUGCCGUAAAUCGGCUAUCUGAGUUUAUGCAUGCACCGACCGAGACUCAUUGGCAAGGCGUCAAACGUAUACUGCGAUAUCUCAAAGGUACGUUGGACCAUGGAUUAUUUCUUCGUCGCUCAUCACCUCUAACCCUCUCAGUCUUCUCAAAUUCCGAUUGGGGUGGUGUGACCGAUGGGGGGAAAUCUACUACAGCUUAUGUACUUUACUUGGGAGGUAACAUUAUUUCUUGGAAGUCAGCCAAAUUAAACAAAAAACAGUGUGCAGGUCCUCUACUGAAGCUGAAUACAAGGCUGUUGCAAAUGCAAGUGCGGAAAUGCUAUGGGUACGAAAUCUGCUCACCGAGUUGGGAAUUUCAUUAGUAUCCACGCCCCAGCUCUUUUGUGAUAACCAAGGAGCUACUUAUGCGUGCAUUAAUCCUGUGUUUCACUCAUGGAUGAAGCAUCUUGCAUUAGACUUCUUUUUUGUUCGGGAACUAGUUGAAAGUGGACAAUUGGUGGUCAAACAUAUCUCUACAAAGCAACAAAUUGCUGAUAUUCUAACCAAACCACUUAGCAAGACACCAUUUCAAUUUUUCCGAUCCAAGCUAGUGACUUAUGAAAUAACUUAAUUGGUUAUAUUUUAAUACUUCGGGGACUUAAUUGAUUCAAUUUGAAGUACGAUGACCUAAUUGACUUUUUUAUAAAAA